AUGCCAGAUAUUUUAAUUUUUGAGCCAAAAAAACCUUCUAAAUUUAAAUCUAAAAAUUUUGUACGUUUGUCCACGUCGUCCGCUGUAGUUCAAAGGACCGAUACGUCGCUGCCACCAUCUCCUUUUCCUUCGGUAUCUUUCACAAUGUCUCAAAGGACCGAUACGUCGCUGCCACCGUCUCCUAUUCCUUCGGUAUCUUUUACACUGUCUCAAAGGACAGAUACGUCGCCGCCACCGUCUCCUAUUCCUUCGGUGUCUUACACAAUGUCUCAAAGGUCGCUGUCACCGUCUCCUGUUCCUUUUAUGUACUUUACAAUGUCUGAAAGGACCGAUACGGCGCCGCCACUGUCUCAAUUUGGAGAUACGCCACUGUAUCAAUUCAAACAUACGUCGCCGCCACUGUCUCCUGUUCCUCCUACGACAGCGGUCCCUUCGCCACUGUCUCAAUUUGAAGAAGAUACGCCGCCGCCACUGUCUCAAUUCAAAGAUACGCCGCCGCCACUGUAUCAAUUCAAAGAUACGCCGCCGCCACUGUCUCAAUUCAAAGAUACGCCGCCGCCACUGUCUACUACUGUUUCUCCUACGACAACGUCUCAAUGUAAAGAUACGCCGCCGCCACUGUCUCAAUUCAAAGAUACGCCGCCGCCACUGUCUCAAUUCAAAGAUACGCCGCCGCCACUGUCUCAAUUCAAAGAUACGCCACCGCCACUGUCUACUACUGUUUCUCCUACGACAACGUCUCAAUGUAAAGAUACUCUGCCACCGUCUACUACUGUUUCUCCUACGACGUCUCAAUUUAAAGAUACGCCGUCGCCACUGUCUCAUACUGUUUCUCCUACGACAGCGGCCCCUUCGCCGCCAUCAUCCGGUGCAGAAGAACAGUAUACUGAAAAAGAGCAGCUGCUACAGGAGAUACAUGAUAAAAUGAAGGAAAAGGAGCAGGAUGAAAACCCCUCUACUUUACAGAAAACUAAUGAAAGACCUGAAACAUCAAAAGGAGGAGGCCCAGCACACAUAAAUAAUAUUGUUACAGAAGCAGAUAAUACCAUCCGGGAACUGAUAGGUUCAAGAAUGACAGGAAGUCAGUCCCACUUUGACAAUGACGGUUUAGAUGAAAUUGCCAAUACAUCAUCUCAAGAUAAUAUGUUUGAAGAAAAUACCCCUCAAGACGAAACAAUUGGAAAUGCUUUGGACGAUGUAGGUGAUUCGGAGCAAUUAACAAUUAUAUUUGACGAAGAAGAAAAUGAUUUAGGUAAUAAUGUUUUUAAAACAGAAAAUAACUGGUCCAAGAUGAACGCAGAAAGUUUGAGAACUCCAAUAUCUGCCAAUCUAACUACAAAUAAUUUAAGAAAAAGAGACAACAAUUUAAAAUCAAAAUUGUCAGAUUGGGCAAAAUCCAAGCAAAACAUUGUCAGUGUUUAG